AUGAACCUCUCUAAGGUCCAGGUCUUACUGGCAUGGAUCCUCGCUGUACUUGCUGGUCCAGUUUCCUGCUCAGAGGAUGAGACCCGUCUGGUGAAAACCCUGUUUACUGGUUACAACAAGGUGGUUCGUCCCGUGGACCACUUCAGUGAAGCCGUAGAGGUCACUGUGGGACUGCAGCUAAUACAGCUCAUCAGUGUGGAUGAAGUGAACCAGAUUGUGACCAGCAAUGUCCGUCUCAAACAGUCGUGGGUGGAUGUGAACCUGAAGUGGAGUCCAGAUGAGUACGGAGGCAUCAAGAAGAUCAGAGUCCCUUCAACUGACAUCUGGAAACCUGACCUGGUGCUAUACAACAAUGCUGAUGGUGACUUCGCCAUCAUCCAUGAAACCAAAGUCUUGCUGGAGCACACUGGGAAGAUAACAUGGAACCCUCCGGCCAUCUUUAAGAGUUACUGUGAGAUUAUCGUCCUCCAUUUCCCGUUUGACCUGCAGAACUGUAGCAUGAAACUGGGGACAUGGACAUAUGAUGGACUGCUGGUCGUCAUCAACCCGGACAACGACCGUCCUGACCUCAGUAACUUCAUGGAGUCAGGUGAAUGGGUGUUAAAAGACUACAGGGGCUGGAAACACUGGGUUUACUACACCUGCUGUCCCGACACGCCCUACCUUGACAUCACCUACCAUUUCCUGAUGCUGCGGCUGCCUCUCUAUUUCAUCGUCAACGUCAUCAUUCCCUGCAUGCUCUUCUCAUUUCUUACUGGACUGGUCUUCUACCUGCCCACUGACUCUGGUGAAAAGAUGACUCUCUCCAUCUCCGUCCUGCUGUCUCUCACUGUCUUCCUGCUGGUUAUUGUGGAGCUGAUCCCCUCCACCUCCAGCGCUGUCCCCCUCAUAGGGAAAUACAUGCUCUUCACCAUGGUGUUUGUCAUCGCCUCCAUCAUCAUCACCGUCAUCGUCAUCAACACGCAUCACCGCUCGCCCAGCACGCACACCAUGCCCGGCUGGAUCCGCAAGGUCUUCAUCGAAACCAUUCCCAACAUGAUGUUCUUCUCAACAAUGAAGCGUCCCAGUCAGGAGAUCCGCCAGAAGACGUUGUUCCCCACUGACAUGGACAUCUCGGACAUCUCAGGUAACCCCAACCCCACCAAUGUCACCUACCAGUCUCCCAUCACUAAAAACCCUGAUGUUCGCAGCGCCAUUGACGGGGUGAAGUACAUCGCUGAGACCAUGAAGUCAGACGAGGAGUCAAACAACGCAGCAGAGGAGUGGAAGUUCGUUGCCAUGGUUUUGGACCACAUCCUGCUCUGCGUGUUCAUGGCCGUGUGCAUCAUCGGGACGCUCGCCGUCUUUGCUGGGAGACUCAUUGAGCUCAACUUGCUGUAGAGGCCUGACCCAUGAAGGAGGAUGUGUGUUGUCACAGCAGAGGUCACCAUUGGAGAAUCAUGUUUCUCUCUCUCUCUCUCUCUCUCUCUCUCUCUCUCUCACACACACACACACACACACACACACACACACACACACACACACA